AUUAAAAUGAAUGUGAGUGAGUGUUAAUAAAAAGAAGAUAGUAAUACAAUAAAUAUGUGACAUGAAUAAAUCAAUAAUGAGACAUGUUAUUUAAAGAUGUGACAUAUAUUAUGCCCUCAUAGGCUAGUGCUCGAGAAUCAGAGUUGAAAUUAGAGAAUGCUCGAGAAUUGGAUUCGGUGUUAUAGGGUGGUUAGAAAUUGGAGGCAGGGUCAGAAGAUGUUUAAGAAUCAGAAUCAAAAUCCAAGAGUGCUCGAGAACCGGGUGUUCAAAGUCAUAGGGUUUUUGGGAAUUGGAGGUAAAAUUAAAAGGCGCUCAGGAAUCAAAGUCAGAGUCAGAAGGGAAUCAGGAAUUAGGACAAGGACACAAUGACACUCGGCUUUAGAAAUCAACGCUCGGGAAAUCAUCUCGAAAUCAAAUGGCACGUUGUAUUCUAAUUUGGGAAAUGGAGUGAAGUUCAAGAGCAAUAACAAUAGUUAAUAACGACAAGUGUUAAUGCUCAUUACCAAUGGAGCAUUAUCAUGAGAGGAGAUCGAGAAGCCGUUGAGGACACGGGCGGGGCCGCGUUAAUAGGUACCCGGGCGGUAGGUCGAGGCCCAACGGGGGUAAGAAGGAAAAAAACUUGGAUUUAAUGUGGGGAAAGGAAAAAAAUGAGAAAUAGUGGAAGGUAGUCCGAGGCAUCGGUGUCAGUAUUGGCGCUCAUAGACCACAACCCGAAUUUAUCAUCCAGACGAGUGCCACCAUUGUUGCAGAAAUGGAAAAGUAAUAAGAGUGGCAACAGUUGCUACAGAUGAAUUUAAAUAUCAUAAAGAAUGUCAUUACACUAAAAAAACUAUAAAAGAACGGCAAUAAUCAGGAGACAAUAUAUGUUUGCUCUUAUAGAAACAUCUCUAUCAUUUCUACUAUCUUUCUUGCUCAAAUCCUCAUUUAAGCAUCAGAGGGAUCUUGUCGGGACAAGAUCGACGACGCUCUCUCCUCUUGUGUUGACCUUGGUUAGGAAGAUCUUUCUACUUGAUACGUAGAGAUCCUCUUGUGUUGACCUUGGCUACUUGAUACGAAGAGAUCCUCGUGUGUUGACCUUGGUUAGGAAGAUCUUUCUACUACUUGAUACGAGAGCGCAAGGAGCAUUUAGUCAUCCGAAAUCUGCCGUAUCAAAUAUUAAAACUUUGAGUAAUAAUAUGCAUAAGGAAAAAUUUUUAAAAAAAUAUUCAAGGAUAAAUACAUAAAUUUAUGAUCCAUCAUUUCACUUUUUAUGGGUCCCAUCAUUUUACAUAUUUAUCCUUAAAUAUUUCCUUUAAAUUCUUUCCAUUUUUCUAAAACUCCAAAGAUGAUUUCAUGAAUUUCAAAUUUUUUUUCUUUUUUUAGCUCCAUGGAGGAAUUAAUACCAUAACCGAACGAUCACAUGUAAGUGUCUAGUGGUUUAAGAUAAUAAGUCGAAAACUAAACCAUAUCUCUAUUAGGACCAAUUAUAUUAAUUUUAGAAUGUAAAGAGAAUAAUAUAGUAGGAAAAAAAACACGACUUAGUAUUUUUGAACUUAAAAUAAUCAUUAUUAUGUAUGACUAAAUAAUGACAAAGAUAAAAAAAUGUUUCAAAAAUAAUUAAUAUUUCCCUGGCCAUUACGUAUAUCUUGCGCCACCAUCUUAUGCCUAAGGGCUUUCAUGCAUAAAUAAAUUACUCGUGUAUAUGUAUAAUUUUUCAUAGCUAUUUCUAUGUUAGUUUACAGGAACGCAAGUGUCUUGGUCCUUUGAUUGGUUUGCAUGUAAAUAGGAGACUGGGGCUUCUUCUUCAUCAUCAUUGGAUUGAAUAAUGAUGCCCCUUUUCAACUCUCCAUGAAUUGAAUUAGGAGGUUAAACUCUGCUCAUUGGAUCCUUGAUUUUACAGGGAGAGGAUCCAGAGCGGCGCAAUUCCACCUUCCAUCUGUUUCGAUUCUUUUCUCGGCGAUGAAGAAUUCAAUCAGGGGCAUCAAAAUGCAUGAUCGUUACACAAAAAUUCGGUGAAGAAAUCACUAAGGCGAAGACAUGGAACCGCCGGUCCGGCAGCCGAGCUUUCGCCGGAAAAAGAUGACGAAGCAGCUCACCGGAAAGAGGGACGACACCCCCCUGCACACCGCCGCCAGGUCCGGAAAUUUGCCGGCGGUGAAGGAGCUCAUUUCCAACGCGCAGGACCAAGGAUUGCAGGAUUUGUUAGGCAAGCAGAACCAAGCAGGGGAGACUGCUCUGUUCGUCGCGGCCGAGUACGGCUACGUCGACGUGGUGAAGGAGAUGAUCGAACACCAUGACGUCACCAUGGCCGGCGUCAAGGCUAAGAACGGCUUCGACGCCCUCCACAUCGCCGCCAAGCAAGGGGACGUAGAGGUGGUGAAGGUGCUGCUGAACGCGUUGCCGGAGCUCUCCUUGACGGUGGACUUGACGAACACCACCGCGCUCCACACGGCGGCGGCGCAGGGCCACAUCGAGAUGGUGAGCCUUCUGCUGGCGGCCGACAACAGCCUCGCGCUGAUCGCGAGGAGCAACGGGAAGACGGCGCUGCACUCGGCGUCGAGGAACGGGCACUUGGAGGUGGCGAAGGCUCUGCUGAGGAAAACGCCUGCGAUCGCGAUGAGGACGGAUAAGAAAGGACAGACCGCGCUCCACAUGGCCGCCAAGGGGACGAGCCCGGAGAUGGUGGAGGCGCUCCUCGCCGCCGAGCCGGCUCUGCUUAAUGCCGUCGACAAGAAGUGGGACACGCCGUUGCAUAUCGCGGCCAGGAAAUGCCGAGCUCCGAUAAUAAAGAUACUGAUGGAGGCGUCGGCGGAGGCGGUGGAGAAGAAGGCUAUCAACAAGACAGGGGAGACGGCGCUGGAUGUGGCGGAGAAAAUUGGGGAUGAAAAGAUCACCGGAAUGCUGGUGGCUGGCGGAGUGCCUACGGCGCGGGCUGUUCGGCCGCCGCCUGCUGCCACGGGGAACCCCGCGAGGGAACUGAAGCAGACGGUGAGCGACAUAAAGCACGAGGUGCAGUCGCAGAUGGAGCACACGCGGCAGACUCGGCGGCGGGUGCAGGGGAUUGCGCGGCGGCUGGACAAGCUGCACGAGGAGGGGCUGAACAACGCGAUCAACUCGACGACGGUGGUGGCGGUGCUGAUCGCGUCGGUGACGUUCGCGGCGAUCUUCACGGUGCCCGGGGAGUACGUGGACUCCGGGGGUAUGGCGCCGGGGCUGACGCUGGGGGAGGCCAACGUGGCGCAUCAGCUGCCGUUCAUGGUCUUCUUCGUGUUCGACGCGGUGGCGCUCUUCAUCUCGCUGGCGGUGGUGGUGGUGCAGACGUCGGUGGUGGUCAUCGAGCGGGGGGCCAAGCGGAGGAUGAUGGCGGUGAUCAACAAACUGAUGUGGGCCGCCUGCGUGCUGGUGAGCGUGUCGUUCCUGGCGCUGUGCUUCAUCGUAGUGGGGGCGGAAGGACGGUCGCUAGCGGUGGCGGUGACGGUGAUGGGCACGGUGAUCAUGGCGGCGACUCUGGGGACCAUGCUCUACUGGGUGAUCGCUCAUCGGAUGGAGGCAAGGAAGCUGAGGAGCAUACGGCGGUCGUCCAUCAGUAGGUCGUGCUCGUGGUCGGCGUCCGGCGACGUCACCGACGCCGACCUGUACGAUAGGGAGUACAAGAUGUACGCAAUUUAACGGAACCAAUUUUCAUAUCACUCCCGUAACUUUAUAAUAUUUACUUUUUCCAAAA